CACCAUCCCCGAUUUCAUUGGUGAUUUGCCAGAGUUGGAGGUGUUGCAGCUUUGGGAGAACAAUUUCACUGGAAGUAUUCCUCAGGGACUUGGAAGGGAUGGUAAGAUUCAGCUCCUCGAUUUUUCAUCGAACAAGCUGACUGGGAAUCUCCCACCGGAUCUUUGUUCUGGGAAUAGGCUUCAGACGCUGAUCGCAUUGGGAAACUUUCUGUUUGGUCCCAUCCCGGAAUCUCUGGGGAGAUGCGAAUCGCUCACUCGGAUUCGGAUGGGUGAGAACUUUCUCAAUGGUAUCAUUCCGAAGGGGCUCUUCGGCUUGCCCAAGCUCGCACAGGUCGAGCUUCAAGACAACUACCUUGAGGGGAGCUUUCCGAAGACUGAUUCGGUCACCGUGAAUCUGGGGCAGAUCAGCCUUUCCAACAACCAGCUCACGGGAUCUCUGCCUCCUUCCGUAGGUAACUUCUCUGGCGUGCAGAAGCUCCUUCUUGAUGGUAAUAUGUUCUCUGUCCGUAUUCCGCUGGAAAUUGGAAAGUUGCAGCAGCUAUCCAAAAUGGAUUUCAGCAGCAACAAGUUCUCCGGUCCAAUAGCACCAGAGGUCAGUCAAUGCAAGUCGCUGACAUUCAUCUAUCUCAGCUACAACGAGUUAUCCGGCGAGAUCCCCCCAGAGAUCACGAGUAUGCGGAUCUUAAACUACCUGAAUCUCUCAAGCAAUCAUCUCGUUGGGGGCAUUCCUCCGUCAAUCUCAACAAUGCAAAGCUUGACUUCAGUGGAUUUCUCCAACAACAAUCUGUCUGGUUUGGUUCCAGGCACCGGUCAGUUCAGUUACUUCAAUUCCACUUCCUUCGUUGGCAACCCCGAACUCUGUGGUCCAUACUUGCGGCCUUGCAAAUCUGGUGACGGCGACCAACAAACCCAUGUGAAAGGCCCACUCUCUGCUUCGAUAAAGCUCCUCCUAGUCAUUGGCCUUCUUGUCUGCUCGAUAGCAUUUGCAGUCGCUGCCAUCUUCAAAGCUCGGUCACUGAAGAAAGCUAACGAGUCCAGGGCGUGGAAACUAACGGCUUCCCAGCGUUUGGAUUUCACUUGUGAUGACGUCUUGGAAUGCUUGAAGGAAGGCAACAUCAUAGGGAAGGGAGGUGCUGGUAUUGUGUACAAGGGCAUCAUGCCUAAUGGCGACCAGGUUGCCGUGAAAAGGCUGCCGGUGAUGAGCCGAGGAUCGUCUCAUGAUCAUGGGUUCAAUGCAGAGAUACAGACUCUGGGUAGGAUUCGACAUCGCCACAUUGUUAGAUUAUUAGGAUUUUGUUCCAACCAUGAAACCAAUCUUCUGGUUUACGAGUAUAUGCCUAAUGGGAGCUUGGGUGAACUCCUGCAUGGCAAGAAAGGAGGUCACUUGCACUGGGACACAAGGUAUAAGAUUGCAGUAGAGGCUGCCAAGGGUCUCUGUUACCUACACCAUGACUGUUCCCCAUUAAUCCUUCACCGUGAUGUGAAAUCAAACAACAUCCUCCUUGAUUCCGACUUUGAAGCUCAUGUUGCUGAUUUUGGUCUUGCCAAGUUUCUACAGGAUUCAGGCACCUCAGAGUGCAUGUCAGCUAUUGCCGGUUCCUAUGGUUACAUUGCCCCAGAGUAUGCCUACACACUGAAGGUUGAUGAGAAAAGUGAUGUGUACAGCUUUGGGGUGGUUCUGUUGGAAUUGGUGAGUGGUAGAAAACCAGUGGAUGAGUUUGGGGAUGGGGUAGACAUUGUGUAGUGGGUGAGAAAGAUGACUGAUUCAAACAAGGAAGGAGUCCUAAAGAUCCUUGAUCCUAGACUCUCCUCAGUUCCUCUACAUGAGGUGAUGCAUGUCUUCUAUGUUGCAAUGUUGUGUGUAGAGGAACAGGCUGUGGAGCGUGCCACAAUGAGGGAAGUGGUACAAAUCCUAACAGAGCUGCCCAAGCCUCCUAACUCCAAGCAGGAAGAAGACGAGUCAACUGUGACAGAAACAGAGUCUUCCCCACCAUCUGCUCCCACACUAAAGACCCCAACCAUAGCCAUUAGAGAAGCAAAAGAAGUACAGCAAGAAAGGGCACCUCAGUCGCCACCAACUGAUCUGCUUAGCAUCUGAUGACCCAAACAAGAUUGGGCCAUCCUAGAAUUCAAUUUCAGGGAUUUGGGUUUACACCUGCCUUUUGUUUUAAUUAAUUUUUAAAUGUAAUGAGUGGUGUUUUCUCUAACUUUGCUCAGUGUUUCAAGCUUUUCUUGUACAGUAGCGAGAAAUUGGUGGGUUGGGUGGCUUUCCUUCUUGUAUUAUUAUUCAUCAUCAUGCAUGCGCGUUUAGUAAUUUGGACUGUCACUUUCUCUGUGUC